AUGAGAGCCACAAAAUCGCUUCAACGUAUCCUUUCAUCAUCAACCAAUUGCACCUUACACAAGCACUCUGUUCUUACAUCAUCAUCAUGCGUAAGAAAAUUCAGCAAUGUCGUUAUUGAUAGUACUCUCACCGAAGAACAACUUCAGUUGAGAGAGAGUAUUAGACAAUUCGUAAAGGAAGAAAUUGCUCCAAUCGCUGCCCAAGUGGAUCAGACCAAUAAUGCUCCGGUCAAGGAAUUGUGGAAGAAGAUGGGAGAUUUGGGUCUUUUGGGAAUUACCGUUGACCCAGAAUAUGGUGGAACUGGUUUGGGAGUUUUUGAACAUACCUUGGCUGUUGAAGAACUGUCAGUUGGAAGUGGUAGCAUUGCGUUGAGUUAUGGUGCUCACUCAAACUUGUGUGUCGAUCGUAUUUUCCGUGUUGGUAAUAAGGAACAAAAAGCCAAGUACUUGCCAAAACUCAUCAGUGGAGAACAUGUUGGUGCGUUGGCUAUGAGUGAGCCAAAUGCUGGUUCAGACGUUGUUUCUAUGAAAACUAGAGCUGAAAAGAAGGGUGAUCGAUAUAUUUUGAACGGCAACAAGAUGUGGAUUACAAACGGUCCUGAUGCUGACGUUUUGGUUGUUUAUGCCAAGACUGACGUUAAUGCAGGUCCAAAGGGAAUUACUGCAUUUAUUAUUGAAAAGGGAUUCAAAGGGUUUAGCACUGCUCAAAAACUUGACAAGUGCGGUAUGAGAGGAAGUAACACAUGUGAAUUGGUUUUCCAAGAUUGUGAAGUUCCUGCUGAAAACGUUUUGGGAACUGUCAACGAAGGUGUUAAAGUUUUAAUGUCUGGUUUGGACUAUGAACGAUGCAUUCUUUCUGGAGGACCUUUGGGACUUAUGCAAGCAGCUAUGAAUGUUGUAAUUCCAUAUGUCCAUGAAAGAAAACAAUUUGGUCAACCAAUUGGUGAAUUCCAAUUAAUGCAAGGAAAGCUUGCUGACAUGUAUACCAAGCUCAGUGUUUGUCGCUCAUAUGUUUAUUCAGUUGCCCGUGCUUGUGACAGAGAAGCAAGCAGUAGAUUAUUGAGAAAGGAUUGUGCUGCUGCUAUUUUGUAUGCAGCUGAAUCGGCAACAUGGUUGGCUUCACAAGCAAUUCAAACUUUAGGUGGUAACGGUUAUACCAAGGAUUAUCCAGUCGAAAGAAUUUGGAGAGAUGCUAAACUUUAUGAAAUUGGAGCAGGUACCAGUGAAAUUAGAAGAAUGUUGAUUGGUAGAGAAUUAUUUUCUGAAACCAAGUAA